GGGUUAACACACUGUGUAAAUGACAUGUUGAAGGAGAAAGCGCCUGUGUUCGGCAGCGGCGCGGUUAUUCGCUGCAGGUUAACGCUAUCAUUAUAUUAGGACAUGGAUUGCGGUUCCGUAACUCGUUCGUUUGCGUGGAGAGGCUGACUAAGGAACUGUCUAAAUGAGAUAAAAGCCCGCAGACCAGGCUGCAUUCUAUUUGUCCUACGGAGACACACGGCUGUGCUACAAUAUCAGGGACGAGGCCACAGACAGACAUCACAGCCAUCAGCUCUAAUGCGAAAUGGUCACGUCUAUUUUGUGGAUUCUCUGUUUGCCAGUAUGUCUUCAGCUGUGUGGAUUUUCCCGUGCUUCCAGAACAGAAUGUGAGCAGUCUCAGUUUCAGUGUGGGAACGGUAGGUGUAUUCCGUCUGUGUGGAAAUGUGAUGGUGACCAGGACUGCUCAGAUGGCAGUGACGAGACCUCCUGCGUAAGGAAGACCUGUGAAGAAGUGGACUUUGUCUGUCACAGUGGUCAGUGUGUCCCUAAGAGAUGGCAGUGCGAUGGUGAACCGGACUGUGAGGAUGGCUCAGAUGAAAGCAUUGAGAUGUGCCACAUGAGAACUUGCCGAGUGAAUGAGUUCAGCUGUGGUGUUGGCUCCACACAGUGCAUUCCGGUCUUCUGGAAGUGUGAUGGUGAGAAAGAUUGCGACAAUGGGGAAGAUGAGGUUAAUUGUGGAAACAUUACAUGUUCACCUCUGGAGUUCACCUGUGCAAGCAGUCGCUGCGUGUCUCGUAAUUUUGUCUGCAAUGGUGAGGAUGACUGUGGGGACGGCAGUGAUGAGCAGGGCUGCGCUCCAUCCUCCUGUGGUCCCAGUGAGGUUCCCUGUGGGAACAUCACAUGCAUUCCUAGGAGCUGGUUAUGCGAUGAUGAUGUAGACUGCCAAGACCAAUCAGAUGAGUCCCCUGAACGUUGCGGCCGCAACCCAACGCCGCCGGCAAAAUGUUCGUCCAGUGAAAUGCAGUGUGGUUCUGGGGAAUGCAUCCAUAAGAAGUGGCGCUGUGAUGGUGAUUCAGACUGCAAGGACAGCAGUGACGAGAAAAACUGCUCUGUCCAUACCUGCCGGCCUGACCAAUUCAAGUGCGAGGAUGGCAGCUGUAUCCAUGGCAGCAGGCAGUGCAAUGGGUUUAGAGAUUGUGGGGAUGGCACAGAUGAAGUAAACUGCAAAAAUGUAACUCAGUGUAGCGGCCCUGAUACAUUUAAGUGUCGCAGUGGGGAAUGCAUUGAGAUGAGUAAAGUGUGUAAUAAGGCCCGUGACUGCCCUGACUGGAGCGAUGAACCCAUCAAAGACUGCAAUAUGAACGAAUGCCUGCUCAACAACGGCGGCUGCUCGCACAUCUGCAGUGACAUGACGAUUGGCUAUGAGUGUGACUGUCCGCCGGGACUCCAUCUUAUUGAUCACAAGACCUGUGGUGAUGUCAAUGAAUGUCUAAACCCUGGUAUAUGUAGUCAAAUCUGUAUAAAUCUUAAAGGCGGCUACAAGUGUGAAUGUCACAAUGGCUAUCAGAUGGAUCCCACCACUGGAGUGUGCAAGGCUGUAGGUAAAGAGCCCUGUCUUAUUUUCACCAAUCGAAGAGACAUUCGUAAACUGGGCCUUGAACGUCGUGAAUACACUCAGAUUGUGGAGCAGCUGCGGAACACUGUGGCUCUAGAUGCUGACUUUACUCAGCAGAGGAUAUUCUGGGCUGAUCUGGGGCAAAAAGCGAUUUUCAGCACAGUAUUGGAUAAGCAGGAGGAUGGGGCAAGUCAUAGCAAAGUGAUUGACAGUGUUCAAAUGCCUGUUGGAAUAGCAGUGGACUGGAUUUACAAAAACAUCUAUUGGUCAGACCUGGGUAGUAAGAGCAUAUCUGUGGCCAACUUCAAUGGGACCAAGAGAAAGGUGCUGUUUGACAGUGGUCUAAAGGAACCGGCCUCUAUUGCUGUAGAUCCUCUGUCAGGGUUUCUGUAUUGGUCCGACUGGGGUGAACCAGCCAAGAUUGAAAAGUCUGGAAUGAAUGGAGUUGACAGACAGGUGCUAGUUGAGAUGGACAUUCAGUGGCCCAAUGGAAUCACUCUUGAUCUGAUCAAGGGGAGACUAUAUUGGGUGGACUCCAAGCUGCACAUGCUCUGUAGUGUUGACCUGAAUGGAGACAAUCGCAGAAAAGUGCUGCAAUCCCCAUAUUACCUUUCCCACCCUUUGGCUAUGACAGUUUUUGAGGAUCGUGUAUUCUGGACAGAUGGUGAAAACGAGGCCAUAUAUGGUGCAAACAAGUUCACCGGCUCUGAUAUAACUAUGCUGGCCAGCAACCUCAAUGAACCACAGGACAUCAUUGUGUACCAUGAGCUAAUUCAGCUGUCAGGGACAAACUGGUGUAAUGAGAAGGUGGAGAAUGGAGGCUGUUCGUUUAUGUGUUUGCCAGCUCCACAGAUUAACAAACAUUCGCCAAAAUACACCUGUGUUUGUCCACAAGGUCAAACACUCUCUCUGGAUGGACUGCGUUGCAGACCAGUGUCUCCAGAACCAAACGAGGUCCAUGAACCAGGCCAUGCUGUAGAAGGAAAUAUUAGUACUUCUAUACAUGAAGUCAGUUCAUCAGCCAAAGGGUCUGCUGCUGCCUGGGCCAUUCUGCCUGUGUUGUUGUUGGCCAUGGCUGCUGCGGGUGGUUACUUGAUGUGGAGGAACUGGCAGAUCAAAAACAAGAAGAGUAUGAAUUUUGAUAAUCCAGUGUAUCUGAAGACUACAGAAGAAGACCUCAAUAUAGAUAUAAGUAGACACUCUGCCUCUGUUGGCCACACGUACCCUGCUAUUUCAGUGGUAAGCACAGAAGAUGAUUUGUCAUAACCAGAGCACUACAAUGUUCAAGUUUAUUUACCACCGCACCAAUGGCAACUGAUACCAGUUCAGGGGCCUCAAAACCAGAUGCCUUCUGAUGUGCAUUUCCAAGCUUUUCAUCAGAAAGAGGAUGUGAAUUGUGGUACGAGAAAGGACAUUUAUACUGACUUUUAUGUCAGUAGUUCAACUAUUUCCUACUUAGGAUGUUGAUGGCAUAGCUGGAGAACUGGAGUCCAGAUCUAGAUGGUCACUUGUGUGUCUGGAAUGUUUAAAUGAAAUGCAUAUUUUAGACUGUCAUGCCUUCAAAGAUAUGUUUCCCAAAUAUAAGUAAUUUCUCCUAAGUACAGUCUCCUAAGAGCUUUCUGACCCCCCAUAGACAGGUGCAGAAAGGUAGUAAAGACAUCAACUACAUAGUCCAUGUGACUACAAUGGUUCAACUUAUUUUUAUGAAGCGAUGAGAAUGCGCUGUGUGCUCUCGUGAAUGCACAUUGGAGACUGACACAAAUGAGAGGAAAUUGAGUACAAAAAAUAAAAACAACUUAUUCAGCAAAGUAUUCUAGUCGCUUCAUAAAACGAAGGUGGAACCACUGUAGACAGAUGGACUAUUUUGUUGAUGUCUUUACUAUCUUUCUGUACCUUGAAGGUGGCAGUUGCGUUGCUGUCUAUGAAGGGUGAGAAAACUCAUGGACUUCAUCAAAAAUAGCUUAAUUUGUGUUCUGAAGAUGAACCAAGGUCUUACGGUUGUGGUACAAUAUGAGGGUAAUUAAUGACAGAAUUUUCAUUCUUCAAUGAAAUAUCCCUUCAAGUUCUAUAUGGUAAAGUGCUGUUAAAUCAUUUGUAAAACACUGAAUAUAUCCCUCUCAACAACAUAAUCAAUAAGGACUAAGCCCUUUGGUCAAAUUUUCCUCUGUAAAUAUGAUUGUAUACAUUUGGCUGAGGCAAUUUUGCUAUGUUUGGGCAUUGUACCAGGGUAGAAGAUUUAUUUAAAAAAAGUUUGUUUAAACUAUUUUGUAUGUAUGUUUGCUAUUCCUGUUACCUUUUCUAGCAGGGGAACAAAAUGCUGUAUUGUGAGAACGUAAAUAUUUGCAAACACAUCCAAUAAAAUUAAGAUUUACAUGGA